AUGAAGAAUGCCGGCGGCGCGGUGAUCUACGUUGGUAAGGCGGCGGUGCUGCGCAAUCGAUUGCGAUCCUACUUCGGCUCGCCGGCCGGCCUCGACCGGAAAACCCGGCGGAUGGUCAGCGAACUCGCCGACUUCGAGUACAUCGUUACCGACACCGAGGCCGAGGCGCUGAUUCUGGAAAACAUCCUCAUCAAGCGCCACCGCCCCCAUUUCAACAUCCGGCUGAAGGACGACAAGACGUACCCUUAUCUCAAAGUCGACCUGGCCGAUGAUUUUCCCCGGGUGUACAUCACCCGGGGCGUGCACAAGGAUGGCGCGCGUUAUUUCGGGCCCUUCGCCAGCGCGGGCAGCGUGCGGCAGUCAAUGGACUUGGUCAAGAAGCUGUUUCCGUAUCGUUCGUGCACGCAAAGAAGAUACUGGUGCACCGACCGCGGCUUGCCUUGA